AUGAACGUAUUUUUGUUAAAUAAAAAAUUAAUUCUGCUUCCAACUUGCAAUUUAAAAAUAUUAUGUGAUAUCUGCAGAUUGUUUUAUUCUUAUUUUACAAAUAAUUUUUUUUUCCAAGAUAAGUGUUUUAUCAAGAAUAUAAAUUAUUCGGAAAAUACUGAUUAUCAAAGAUACUUGUAUAAUAAUAUAUUAAAAAAUUGUUUUUUUUUUUUAAAAAAAAAAAAAAAUACGUUAAAUGAGAAUUCAAAAAAAAAUGUAGAGGAAAAAACAAAUGAUGAUAUUAGAAGUAAAAACAAAGAAGAUAGUGAAAUAAAAAAAGAUGAAUUAAUCAAUUGUGAAAUAGAUAAAGAUGAAAUAAAUAAAGUAAUAAAAAAUAAAAAAAUAAAAAAAUAUGAAAUUAUAAAUAAUAUAAAGGAAAAUGAUACAUUCUCUAGUAAUACUGAAAAUGAUAAAUAUUGUUCUUUCAAUAAAAAAGAAGUUUUAAAUUCAACGAAUUAUAAAAGUUCCAUUUAUUAUAAUUUUGAUCCAUCUCUAAAAACAAAAAGAAUUCAAAUAUAUUAUAAUUGUGAAAUGUAUGAUAUGGAAAGAAAAAUUAAAAAAAUUAAAAAUCUUCUAAUGAAUGGCUUUCCAGUUGAUAUUCUUUUAAUAUACAACACUGAUAAUAUUAUAAACAAAAGCUCAGAAAAACAAAACAAAAAAUUUAAACAAGAAGAAAAUGAGAAAAAUAAAAUACAUGAAACUAAUAAAAUAACAAAAUUUGUUGAAACAGAAAAAUUGAAACAAACGAAAUAUUCUUUACACAUUUAUAUUAAAACUAAUUUAAUAUUAAAUAGUAUAAAAAAUAUUUCAGUUGUAGAUCAAAUUUUUAGGCAUUUUAAAAAUAGAAAUCAUAUUAUUCUAAUUAAAGUAUAUCCCAAGUGA